CGGUGGAGCUGUCGUACGAGCCAUGAGAUAAAACAGCUUCCUCCUCGUCUUCUCGGGCUGCCGGUCACAGGAGUUGGUACAGCGCGCGCGGACUGGGUCAACGGAGGUCAGGAUGGUGCACGUGGUUGAGAAAAAGCACAGCGGGAACGAGAAAAAUGGCACGGCCAAGGAACCCCUGCCACCCGACGUCGAUGUUCUUCAACCCACUGCGCCGGACGGCGGCUGGGGCUGGGUCGUCGUCUUCGCCUCGUUCAUGGUGCACGUUAUCACCGACGGCGUGACGUACUCCUGCGGGCUGUUUCAGUCCGAGUUCGUGAGGUACUUUCAUAGCUCGCAACAGGCAGCCGCGUGGAUCUCGUCGCUCCUCGUCGGUGUCACCUACUGUUCUGGUCCAUUUUCGAGUUUUCUCGUCAACAAGUACGGCUGUCAGGCGGUCACCAUCCUCGGAACGAUCUUAGCGAGCCUGUGUCUGCUCGCCAGCGUCUGGGCCAACAGCAUCACUAUUCUCUACUUCACAGUCGGCAUUGGAACAGGCUUGGGCUUCGGGCUGAUCUACCUGCCGGCCAUAGUGAGCGUGACGGUGUACUUUGAAAAGUACCGAUCCCUCGCCACGGGGAUAGCAGUAUGCGGCUCCGGUAUGGGCACGGUCCUCUUCGCCGAAGUCAUAACCCAAUUGAUCUCGUACUUCGGGGACUUUAGGUACCCCAUGAUGGCGCUCUCGGCCAUCGUACUGAUCUGCAUAGUUUUCGGCAUCAUGUUCGUACCCCUGAAACCAAGCAACGCGCCCGACUCCCUUCCACUCGAGGAUGUCACCAAAAAUGGCACUUCGAACCGCUGCAACAACAACAACAACAACAACAACAACAACAACAAUGUGGGUGGCAAAAAGUGUUGGACCGAUAAGCGCAAGCCGAGCAUCGCCAGCAGCACGGAUAGCAAAAAGUUUUCCAGCCUGAAGAUACCGAACAGCGCCUCGAGCAGCAUCCGGCUAGCCCUGAGCCAACCGAUCCUCAACGACAAGGACAACGCGGCUGGUCGGCCGGCCAGCGAGGAAGCCUUCGCCAGGUCCUUCAGCCGCGGCAGCGGUAUCAUGAACAGAUCCGACGUUUUCCUGCGCAGCAGCAUCCACAACAUUCGCAAGCGCUCGGAAUCGUUGACCAACGAGAGCGAGGAAAACGCGCAGCGUUUCCGGUUGUCCGUGAGGAGUUUGCCUAACGGGACGAGCCACGGGCCCAACAAGGCGAUAGAGAGCGCGGACGCGGACGAUACGCCGGACGGCAAUAUCAUCAAGCGGAUGCUCAAGUUCUCGCUGCUCAAGGACCCGGUCUUCAUCAUAUUCUCCGUCUCCAAUUUUUGCACGAGCAUCGGGUUUAACGUACCUUACGUUUAUUUGUCGUCUCACUCCAUCCAGAGUCCACCGAACGACAAGACGAAGAAAAAGGGAAAAAACAACGCAAGCGGAGCCACAGCGAUGUCGCGAAAACGGUGGUGA